GGCACAAGUACGGUUAUAAGCCGCCGAGGACUCUGCUCUGCCCGUCAAGUGCAUAAGCACACCUUCACAGCCCAUACUUAAUUACGCUCGCUGCUUGGUGGCGCAUAAGUCACAAUGCCCGCCUACCACAGCGUCUUCCUCGAUGAGCCGAAUCAACACCUUAUAGGCAACUUUGCUCUCCUCCCGCUACGGACGCGUACACGGGGACCGGCGCUACAACUGCCACCCCUUCCAGCUGGCACAUCAGAUCUUGACAUCGAUGCCUCACAUGAGUCUUACGACCCACUGGAUGAGGUGCUCAGCUUAUUCCGCGCAAACACAUUCUUUCGCAACUUUGAGAUCAAGGGACCUGCAGACAGAGUACUCAUAUACGGUAUCCUCUUUGUGCAGGAGAUAUUGGGGAAGGUUAAGAGCAAUAUGAGUCGUCGGGAAGCCGAAAAAGCAAUAAUGAACGUUGCUCUGGACACAAACUUUGCUAUACCAGGCGACGCCGGCUUUCCUCUGAAUCAGCUGUUUGAGGGCCCAAAGGAUAGGCAUGAGGCUGAGACACUAAGGCAGUACAUCAUGCAGAUGAGGCAGGAGCUUGGGGCCAGGCUGUUGAGCAGAGUCUAUGCUGAUGGCACGGAUAAGCCAAGCAAAUGGUGGCUGAGCUUUACAAAGAGGAAGUUCAUGGGCAAAAGUUUGUGACGGGCAGAUAGAGGAAAUCCAUAACAAGGCAAUCUGAUUCCUGGGUGGGAGGAAGUGUGCCCUAUGUAGGAAGAAUAAUGUUAUUCCUGCAUGAGAUACAAUAGCUGGCCAAAUUUAAAGAGCUAGAAACCAAUACCAUGCUACAUAAUUGCCAGGCGCAUGCACAAGGCACAUCGACUGUUACUAUGAUUAUUGCUUGAGAUUUAGCUCAAGCUUUUGCUCAAUAACCCAAGCGUGGCGAAGCUACGUUCUAGUUAACAUGUCACCAUAGAUGCCUCUGUCUUUCUCUUCUUGCUG